AUGUCGUACCGGCCGCACCCCCUUAGACAGUCGCAUACCCUAGACUACCCUAGCAACAUCAACCGCCAGACUUCUACCACAUCUUCCGUUGCCUCAUCAGGAUACUCUCUAUACUCUGAGAACAGCCGAGCGAGCACCCAGUUAUCUUCAAUUUCUAGCGGAUACUCGGUACCAACACACAAAAGAGGCAAGAGUGAUGGUUCCCGCCUGCAUCACGUAUCUUUCGGAGGAGAAAACCUCGACCAGAAGAGGGACCAGGACAAUAUCUAUUCUAUGGCUCGACAGUCUCUUCGACCGCUUGCCCAAGCUCCUGUCGCACCGUCAGCUGCACCUGCGUCCCCAACGCCAUCGACACCUUCUCCUCCACGACCAAGCCAUCGCCAUGAACGGACACAAAGCGUGGAUAUCGGAAAGCUGUCACACGCUCAGUAUGAUGGUAGCACAUCUCCAUCUCCAGUUUCCAGAACUCUUACAAUUCGGCCAAAUUCGAUGCUAGUCAGCCGCUCCGACUCUGUCAGUAGAGGAAGCGUUGCCCUCCCUCAUGCUCAUGAGCCUCCCCAGGCAGUACAUUCUACAGCGCUCGCGCGACCGGAUCUCGAGAAGCUUGGCCGAUCGUCAACAAGCCAGCUCCGCACUCUGUCCAGACUUGCUCAGUCCGAAUCCGCCGAGGAGUUUGCCAUCACAUCGCCGGCGCAAGAGGUCGUAGGGUUGAGAGGCCGUCGCAGAUUACAGAGGGCCGACAAGCCAACCGCCAAUCGUGCCGGUCAACGGACUGGUGGCUAUGGCUGGGAAGGACGGAAUUGGAUGGACAAGCAACGUCAAUUUCUCCAAGCUUACGAAUAUCUCUGCCAUAUUGGUGAGGCAAAGGAGUGGAUUGAAGAUGUCAUUCACAGAGCAAUUCCUCCCAUUGUCGAAUUGGAGGAAGCCCUACGGGAUGGAGUUACCCUCGCAGAGGUCGUUGAGGCCCUUAAUCCCGAUCGCCGAUUCCGUAUAUUCCACCACCAAAAGCUACAAUUCCGCCAUUCCGACAAUAUUGCCAUUUUCUUUCGAUAUCUGGAUGAGGUCGAGCUUCCAGACCUCUUCAGAUUCGAGCUAAUUGACUUGUACGAGAAGAAAAACAUCCCAAAAGUAAUCUACUGCAUUCACGCUUUGAGUUGGCUCCUAUUCAGGAAAGGCAUCGUCGACUUCCGCAUUGGCAAUCUUGUCGGACAGCUCGAAUUCGAGCAUCACGAGCUUGAGGCGAUGCAAAAGGGUCUCGAUAAACUCGGGGUUAACAUGCCCAGUUUCGGCAAUAUGGGAGCUGACUUUGGCGUUGAGCCUGCAACUCCAGAACCAGAAGAGACGGAGGAAGAGAGAAUUGAUCGUGAGUUGGCCGAGAACGAGGAGUCCGUUGUCGAGCUUCAAGCCCAAGUCCGUGGUGCCGUGGUGAGGAUGCGCCUUGGGGACACUAUGCAACAGCUUUGGGACACUGAAGAGGCACUCAUCGACCUUCAGUCUCGCAUCAGAGCUGAUUGGACCCGUCAAGUCAUUGGCUAUCGGCUACAGAUGAGACGUUUCGCGGUCGAUCUUCAAAGUCUUGCUCGCGGAUUCCUUGUCCGCAACAGAAUGGCAAACAAGGAGCGUUUCUGGCGAGCUAUGGAGCCCGAUAUCUUGGAGCUUCAAAGUCUUGUUCGAGCCAAGAAAGUCCGUGAUGAAGUCCAAGACCAGAGAUCUCAAUUGGCCCUGCAUGCCGGUCCUGUUCGGGAAAUCCAAGCAGCGUUUAGGGGAUUCUUGGUUCGCAAGGACCUCGUUACUCAACAGAAAGAAACGGUUGAAACAUCAGGGGAGGUUCGGAACCUCCAGGCUGCAGUCCGUGGAAUGCUGUUGAGGGGGCGUAUUUCUGAUGACCUCCACCUCCUGGACAGACAAGUCGACAGCAUCACUAGCUUGCAGGCUGCUGCCCGGGCUUUGCUGACUAGAAAGCAGCUCUCAGUGGAGCAGAAGCACCUUCAGGAGUUUUCGCCACAAUGGACUGCUCUUCAAGCAGCUUUCCGGGGCCAGUCGCUUCGGUCAGAGGUUGCCGCUACCAAGGCUGAGCUCAGCAAACACGUUCCCGAGGUUGAGAGUCUCCAAGCUCACGUCCGAGCUGCAGCUGUCCGCCGGAAUGUCACUCAGUUGCUCGACGACCUAAACAGCCACGAGCCUUCUGUCAUUGAUUUGCAGUCCAUUUCACGAGGUACGCUUGAACGACGCCGCAUUGCCGCCGAUCAAGAUGCUUUGAUCCGCGCAGAGCCGAAAAUCACGAAGCUGCAGGCUCGCAUGAGAGGCUACCUGUAUCGCCAGCAUCACAGCAACUUCCUCGAAGAGCUCAACUCCCAUACUGCCGAGAUUGAGAAGCUCCAGGGCCUGGCGCGGGCGAUGAUGGUGAGAGGCGAUGUGUUCAACCUCAUCUCAGACAUUGAGGCGGAAGACGCAGCGAUUACGGAAAUUCAAGCAGUUGCGAAAGCUUUCACUGUCCGAGCGAAAUUUGAGGAGAAGAAGCGCUUCUUCAACGAGAACAUGCAGAAGGUUGUGAAGAUCCAGAGCCUCGUCAGAGCCAAGAUCCAGGGCGAUGCCUACAAAAGCCUUACGCAUGGCAAGGACCCACCGGUGAAUGCUGUCAAGAACUUCGUGCACCUCCUCAACGACAGUGAUUUUGACUUCAACGAAGAAAUCGAGUUUGAGAGAAUGCGCAAGACGGUGGUCCAGCAAGUGCGUCAGAACGAGAUGCUGGAGCAGUACAUCGACCAACUAGACAUCAAGAUUGCACUACUCGUCAAGAACAAGAUUACCUUGGAUGAGGUCGUCAGACAUCAAAGCAACUACGGCGGCAACUCAAUCGGCCUGCUGGCCAAUUCUUCCAUGUCCUCCGCCAAUCACUUCGACUUGAAAGCCCUCAACAAGAGUUCCAGGAAGAAGCUGGAGUCUUACCAACAACUCUUCUUCAACCUCCAAACCCAACCCCAAUACCUUGCCCGCCUUUUCAAGCGCAUUCGCGAGCAAGGUACACCCGAAAAGGAAUGCAAAAGAAUCGAGCAUCUCAUCAUGGGUCUCUUUGGCUACGCCCAAAAGCGACGUGAGGAGUACUACCUUCUGAAACUCCUUGCUAGAUCAAUGAAGGAGGAAAUCGAGAGCAGCAGAACACUACAGGACUAUCUCCGCGGAAACUUCUUUUGGACCAAGGUCCUUGCCAACUACACUCGGUCUCCUCGCGACCGUAAAUAUCUGCGAGAACUCCUUGGUCCUAUCGUCAGAGACAACAUCGUAGAGGAUCCGGCUCUGGAUCUCGAGAGUGACCCUCUUCAGAUUUACCGAGCAGCUAUUAACAACGAGGAAUUGCGAACCGGUCGUCCAAGCCGGCGCCCCCUGGACGUUCCUCGCGAGGUUGCCAUUAAAGACCCUGAAACUAGAGACCUCUUCAUCGACCAUUUGCGCGACCUACGAGAAAUCUGUGACCAGUACCUGCUGGCCCUCGAAGACCUUUUGCCCAAGAUGCCUUAUGGACUUCGUUUCCUUUGCCGACAAAUGUUUGAGACUCUCUGCCAACACUUCAAGAAAGACCCUCAACAUCACCAUCUACAGGUUGUUACUAACUGGAUCUGGCGCGUCUACCUGCAACCCGCCGUUACCGCUCCUGAGAACGUGGGUGUCAUUGAGAAACAGUUGAGCCCUCUUCAGAAGCGCAAUUUGGGCGAGGUUGCCAAGGUGCUUGGCCAGAUCUCUUCAAGCCGGCCUUUCGGCGGUGAAAACAUAUAUCUGCAACCCCUCAACGCUUUCGUUGCCGAGUCAUGCGAACGUCUCGCCGAUAUUACGCACCAACUUAUUUCGGUGCCUGAUGCUGAGCGCAACUUCGAUAUCGAUGAGUUCAACGAUCUGUACUCCAAGCACAAGCCCACUCUCUACAUCAAGAUGACAGAUAUCUUUGCCAUUCACAACCUUGUCGCCGGCGAGCUUCCGUCAAUAUGCCCCAACCGGGACGAUAUCGUCCGGGAAAUCUUGCAAGAUCUCGGUAGCGCUAAGAACAACGAGAACGAGAUGCUUGCAGCUGGGUCAUCUGACAUUCAGAUGUACCUUACGCCGAAGCUGCACGACAUCGAAGACCCAGACGCGGAGGCUAAGGCACUCUUCAUGGAGACAAAGCGAUGUAUCCUGUAUAUUAUUCGUGUACAGACCGGCGCCAAUCUCUUGGAAAUCCUCGUCAAGCCAAUCUCAGCCGAGGAUGAACACAAGUGGCGGUCAGUCCUGCACGACGACUUUACAACCGACACCAACACAAAAGGAGCGUACUCGGAUGCGCACAUGGUCGACGUGACACGCAUGUCAUACUACGACUUGAAGCGGACGGCGCUUGAGAACAUCAUGAGGUUGGAGCAUAUGGGCAGGAUUUCCAAACACAACUUCUACCAGGACAUACUCAACGCCAUCGCCCUCGACAUCAGAACCAAGAGCCGCAGACGCGUGCAGCGUCAGCGCGAACUUGAAGGCGUACGACUGACUCUUGCCAACCUCCACGAGAAGGCCAAAUACCUUGAGCAGCAACGAAAGAGCUAUGACGACUACAUUGAGUCAGCCAUGGCAACGCUGCAAAAGAAUAAAGGAAAGAAACGGUUCCUGCUUCCGUUCACCAAACAGUACAACCAUCAGCGCGAGCUGGAACGUAGUGGGCGGGUCCCUAAAUUUGGCAGUUACAAAUAUAGCGCUCGGGCUCUCGCGGAGAAAGGCGUGCUCGUCGCUUGGAAUGGCGUCACCGAUUGGGAGAGGGUGAACCUCACCAUCUCCUGCGAUGAGGUUGGUAUCUUCAAUCUCGAGGGCUCCCGCGGCCAUAUCCAGAUGCCAGGGGCGAGCGCCCUCGUACCGAUCGAAGAUCUGCUGCAGGCUCAGUUCGAGGCCCACCAGUUCAUGAACCUCUUUGAGGGCAAUCUCAAGCUAAACGUCAACUUAUUGCUGCAUCUUCUGUAUAAGAAGUUUUACCGCACGCAAUAA